ACAGUAUUUCUUCAUCCCUACAAUGAAGUUCUUGUGUGCUACUGUCUGAGAGAAGCCGCAGAAAUGCCUUGGCGCAGGAGCCGGAGACGUCAUGGAUUCCUGAGUGUGGGGCUUUGCAGGAAAGCCCUGAGUCUCCGACAUGGACCGGCUCCAGGUUUCCAUGGCAAAGGCGCACAAACAGGAGGAAACACUGAGGGAAUCCCGUUAUUUUACAGCAUUGGACCAUUAUAAACACCCAGAGCGGGGAAGGAAGCCGCUCUUGAUACUCAAGUAAUCCUUAUAGAGCUCUAGGAAGGGGGACUUCAUACCAGAACCACUGCUGUAGCUGAUGCGGCUGCAAGAAAGGGAGUUUGCGCGCUACUGCUGUGUCGCAGCUUGAAGUUUUUAAACGUGUACAGAGAGCAUUUUUCUCUGUUUCGUCUCCUUUUUAACAUUUUUAACUGAAGAGAGUUUCGUCUGCUAUGAUUAAAAGCGGAAAGUAAUUUUUCUUUUUCUUUCUUUUUACGCUUUUUCUCCAGAUGUUUAGAGAGACUUGGAGACUGGCACAGUACCACACCAUGAGGUCGAUGGAUCAAGGUUCCCCAAAUCCACACCAGCGCCGCAACACCUCAGCCGCGUCCCCGUCGCUUCGCCUGAACUCGGAGGAGUCGUUAGGAAACAAUUAGACAGAUGACCUCUUUUUACGACGAGAAAGAUUUGGAGGAAGAGCUCAGUCGAGUCAACUGCCCUGAUGACGAUUUGGAGUUUGAGUACUUGUUUGAAUAUGAACCGCCUUGCAGCGAUUUUUCUGGAGGAGAUCAAGAUGACCCCAACCUUGCAUCUCACAAAGUCCUCAGCCCUGAGUCUGAGCAGGCUUUCCCUCUGGAGGAGGCCUCCCCUUACGGCAUCAAGUCCUGCAGUCCCUCCUACAGUGAACACAACACUGAGGUUCUCUCGGGAUAUGAGAACCAGGAGCCCAGAAACUACCUGGACGGUACCCGACCUGCAGGCCUGGCCCUGAGCCCGCGGAUCGAAAUCACCCCCUCCCGUGAGCACUACAACCAUGGUCGGGACUCCCUGCAGAACCACCUCCUGAACAUUAGCCCCAGACCCACCCUCACUGUGCCUGGCCAUGAAAACCUUGCCUACCGUGAGCCCCAGUGCCUGAGUCCCGCCAGCAGCAACUCCUCCACCAGCUGGCACUCAGAGAAUUACUCCCCCUGGGCGUCUCCUUGUGUGUCCCCCAGCAGCGGCCAGAACCCCGGAGACCUCUGCCCCAGGUUACAGAACAUCCACACUGGUUCCCCGGGCACCUCUCCUCGCACCAGCCUAGCUGAGGACGGCUGCCUGAGACCCCGCUCGCCCUCCCCAAGACCUGGCUCCCGCAACACCUCCCCACAGGGCAAACGCACCUACGACAUGUACAGGAAUCCAGGCUUAGUCCCUGGGCACCGCUCCCGCAGUCCCUCCCCCCUCAGCGGCCAUGAAGAUCACAACAUAGGUGCCCACUAUACACACAGCAGCCUUGCUGAUGCCAUGAAUGGUUUUGGCAGUGGCCAGCCAGGCCUGGUGCCCACUAAAAUAGUCAAGACGUCCAACCAGAUUUACACUCUGUACCCAGAGAACCACGUAGAAGGGAACUACUUGGUGUCCUGCGACCAGGACUUAAAAACCAAGCCUGCUGCAGAGCCUUUCUUUGUUAUCCCCCCAAUCUGGUCCAAGCCGCUGGUUUCAAGCAUCUGCAGCAUCCCCGUGGCUUCUCUCCCCCCGUUGGAAUGGCCGAUCCCCCGUCGCACAGACCAGUAUGAACUCCACAUUGAGGUGCAGCCCAAGCCACACCACAGAGCUCACUAUGAGACAGAGGGAAGCAGGGGUGCAGUCAAAGCCACCACAGGAGGACAUCCUGUUGUGCAGUUACAUGGCUACAGAGGCAAGGAGCCACUUGGCCUGCAGAUCUUCAUUGGUACAGCCGAUGAGCGCAUCCUCAAGCCCCACGCCUUUUAUCAAGUCCACCGCAUCACUGGCAAGACAGUUACGACCACCAGCUUUGAGAAGAUUAUCCACGGCACCAAAGUCCUUGAGAUCCCCCUGGAGCCAAAGAACAACAUGAAAGCAAUAAUCGACUGUGCUGGGAUCCUGAAGCUCAGGAACGCCGACAUCGAGCUGAGGAAGGGCGAGACAGACGUCGGUCGGAAAAACACCCGUGUUCGUCUUGUGUUUCGUGUGCACAUACCUCAGCCUGGAGGACAGCACGUCUCUCUCCAAGUGGCCUCGCAUCCUAUCGAGUGCUGUAAGCAGCUACACAUAAAACACAUUUACACCCAGCGUUCAGCACAUGAGCUUCCCAUGGUGGAGAAGCAGGACAUGGACAGCUGCUCUGUUCUGGGAGGCCAGCAGAUGAUCCUGACUGGGCAGAACUUCAGCUCUGAUUCCAAGGUCAUUUUUAUGGAGAAAACCCAGGAUGGGCAGCAAAUCUGGGAAAUGGAAGCAACAGUGGACAAAGAUAAGAGCCAGCCUAGUAUGCUGUUUGUGGAGGUGCCGUCCUACCGAGACACGUCUGUCUGCCAUUCUGUCAAAGUGAACUUCUACGUCAUUAACGGCAAGAGGAAGCGCAGCCAGCCUCAACAUUUCACCUACACACCACUGGCAUGUAAGAAUGCUGCUCAGCCUGUUUGUGCUCCAUCCAUCAAGACAGAGCCUAUAGAUGAGUAUGAAGCAGACCACAUGGGUUUUGCCAUGCCUCAGAUCUUGGGCUUAUCCCCUCAUCCCUACUACAAUAACCCACGCAGCGUCCUCCAUCCAGACAACGGCCUGGUCUCCGGCAUGGCCUCCUGCCAGCGUCUCAGCUCCAGCCUUCCAAGCCAAGACACACGUUUCCAACAGCAAAGCCCCGCCAUCGUCUUCUCCCGUGGGGGCAAGAGUCUGAGCGGCAGCCCUGGCCUUUAUCAGCAGACUGGAGGGAUGAUGCCUGACCCCCACAGGUCGGUCCUGGUCCACACAGGCUCCCCGGCUCAAUCUGUAGGUCCCAUUGGUGCAGGCCAGCACCCUUCCAUCAUCCAGUUCUCCCCCACCAACCACCAUCUGCUUCGGGCAGAAGACCCUCAAGCGCUCACUGCUCCACAGCCUGACAACCAGCAGAUCAUCUACUGUGAUGGCUACUCCCCACAGGCAGCUGCCGCCCACUCACCCACACCCCCCCAGCCUCAGGCAGUAGUGACCCACCCUCAGCACUAUCCCACCGUGAUCCAGCAGCAGCCCUACGUGCAGAAGGGUCAGCAGAAAGGCCGGGCUCCGCCUGGCACGGGGCAGAUGGAGGCUCCAGGAGACAGACAGAGGAGGGUGACGGUCAAGGAGGAGAACUUGGACCAGGCCUACCUAGAUGAUGGUGAGUUGAAUGAGAUCAUAAGAAAGGAUCUGACGGGUGUCCAGGCCAGAGGGCAGACAUAGAGGAGGGACCCCGAGCAGGAAAUGACAACAUACCCCCCCGACACACACAGGCAGACACGCAGUCUUCAACCUUCCAGUGAGGUGACGCAUGUCCACCACCAAUCAGACCUUCUCCUCCUCAUUUUCUUUUCCCAUAGAGAUAGAAAUAUCAGCUACUGGCCGCUGUGUUUCCUGCAAAGGAACUGCAUAGUUUGAUUUGGCAAACAGAAGAAUUCAUUUGACGAGUAACGUCAACACCAACACCCCGCAGGUUUUGAGAAACAAGGGAAUGUGCCUUAUUUUUGUCAUUUUGUUUCCUGGUUGAAGUUUUGAUACAGUUUAAAAUUGGAAAUAAACUUGUCCCCAGAAUAGCAUUAGCCAUACUGUCCAGGCAAUAAACUGUCCCCUGUUUGCCUCCUACAUGUUUGCCUCAUACUAGUGUAAUGACCAUUAUGUAGCAUGCAGGAGUUUCAAAUUUGUGAAAUUUCUUUUUGAAGAAAAUUGGUUGGUCAGCAGCUUAAUGUCAUACCAAAAAGUCAGUCCAAAUAUGAAAUAUAUCAAAUAUUUCUUAUGGCCAAAAAACUUGUAAUCUUUUUGUUUAAUUCUUCUUGCACAAAGUGUGUAUUUUGUCUGUGUGUAACUUUGUAUGCAGUUUUACAUGAAAAGAUUGUCCUAAGCUUACGUGCUGAUCAUCUCAUUUUAAGUGCAGUUUUCUAAUUGAAGUGAAGCGCACACUGC